GCCCACCCCCUUUUUCCCUGCUAUAUAAACACAUAAAGGAAGUAAAGGACUGGGUCAAAGUUCAUUUCUUUUCCUUUGGAAACAUAUUGCAACAACGGAGCAGAGAGGGAAGCCAUUUGAUGGACAAACUUCUGACUUCAAUUGUCAGCGAGACACGCUCUACUUCUCUGGAGGCUGGCCCAUGUUUGGCAAAAUAACAAGGGAGCCGACAACAGAUCUGCAGCAGUUACAUAAGACCCAGACGAGCCAUGCUGCGGAGCAGAACUCUGACCAGCCUUGUCCGAUGUCGGAUUUACACCGCUCUGGUAUGUCUGCUCAUGAGUCUACCAGCACAGUCCUAUGCUGGCAAGAUCCUCGUGUAUCCCGUGGAUGGCAGCCACUGGCUGAACAUGAACAUUCUCCUGCGUGAGUUACACAAUCGUGGGCACGAGCUUACUGUGGUGCGCUCGUCCACUAGUUGGUACGUCCCCGAACAAGCGGCCCACUACACGUCCAUCACUAUUCCCACCUCCCACGCGAGCAACCUGGAGGACCCAGAAUAUAUGGCAUCCUUCUUGAAAAGGAACAUUGAAAUACGCAGUGGCGACGCUUCCAUUUUGUCCUUCAUUGCUCUUCAGCAGGAGACUUUGACCUUGCUGAUGGAGGCUCACAAGGCCUCUGCGGAUAUGGUUCGGGACAUCCUCCAGAACAAAGACCUGAUGAAGUCACUUAAGAGCACAGGCUAUGACAUAAUGUUGACAGAUCCUGGAUUUGCAGGGGGAGUUGUGUUAGGGCGCUAUCUAGAGCUGCCCAUGGUAUUCAAUGUCCGUUGGAUAACAAACGCUGAAGGUCACUUUGCAAUUGCUCCCUCUCCACUAUCUUACAUCCCCACCAUUGGCUCUCAGGUCUCAGACAAAAUGAGCUUUGUACAUAAGCUGAAAAACUUCUUGCAUUAUGGAAUAGGUCAGUAUAUAGACCACGGCAUCACCAGGCCCCUCUACCAGGGUGUCAUCAGUGAGUUUAUCGAUCCAGACAGCAACAUCUACUCUUUGAUUCAGGGAGCAGACCUGUGGCUAAUGCGCGUUGACUUUGUCUUCGAAUUCCCCCGUCCCACAAUGCCAAACGUGGUCUACAUGGGAGGUUUUCAGUGUAAACCCUCCAAGUCUCUACCUCCAGAGUUGGAAGAGUUUAUGCAGAGUUCAGGGGAGCAUGGGGUGGUUGUAAUGUCCUUGGGUACUCUACUCGGAAGCCUUGUACCAGAAAUCUCAGAAGUCAUCGCAGCAGCCUUUGCAAGACUGCCGCAGAAAGUUGUCUGGAGGCAUCUUGGUGAGAAGCCCUCUACUUUGGGCAACAACACACUGGUGGUGGACUGGCUGCCACAGAAUGACUUGUUGGGUCACCCCAAAACUCAAGCUUUUGUCACUCAUGGAGGUACCAAUGGGAUCUAUGAGGCAAUCUACCACGGAGUCCCUAUUCUUGGGCUGCCUCUGAUCUUUGACCAGUUUGACAACAUGAUUCGCCUGACAUCCAGAGGGGUGGCUAAAGUGCUAGAGGUGACAGCCUUGGAUGUGGACAUCCUGACACAAGCUCUACAAGAAAUCCUGGAUAAAAAGAAACCAUACAGGGAGAACAUGCGCAGACUGUCACUGCUGCACCAUGACCAGCCGAUGAAGCCCAUGGACACUGCCAUCUUCUGGCUGGAGUUUGUAAUGCGGCACAAGGGGGCUGCACACCUGCGCACAGAGUCCUACAAGCUGCCAUGGUACGCCUAUUACAACGUGGAUGUGCUGGCGUUUCUUCUAGGCUUUGUCACUGUAAUUGUUUUGCUGUUUGUGAUGACCUUCAAGGCCCUCUGUAAAGCAGUGUGUCGGCAAAAACAGACAAAAAAAGACAAAGUCCAGUAGCUCCAAUUUCAAAUGAAACAAUCAAAAUGUGGUUGGAUUUGUAUUCUGGCAAUUUUUUGGGGUUUGAGAGACGAAACAAAAAUAAAACAAAACAGACACCUAUAGACCAUCAAAUUAAAAAGAACCAUACAAUGAUGCAGAAGUGAUGAAACCUGCACUUAUUUUCUUAACUGCUUGUUUUAUUGAUUUGUACGGACAUUGAAUGCAUCAGUCUACUAUUAUGUAUGUAAAUAUUCACUGAACACAAUCUCUUUCUUGGUCAACACAAAUAAGAAUAUUCAAAAAUCAAAUAGUCAUAAAGCAACAUAAGGCGAAUGCUGCUCACCAUCUCCUACGUUUCGGAAUGACGUAUAUGACUAUGCAUGGAUCCUAAAGGUGAACAUCUGCAACAAUAAAAAAUAAAGUGCUCCCUU